CAAAACUUUUUUUUAAUAUUGGAAAAAACUAUCAACUCGUCAAUAUUCUACAGCCUGGGAAAAUACAACUUCUUUAUACGUAGGUAAGUUUAGCGGCAUGCGAUAAUGCCACAGUUUCUAACUUGCCGUACGAAAUAAUCCAGGUCGGAUCCCAUGAUGUGCCGAAAUAUCCGGAAAAAGAGACAUGCUCUCACGUUUUAAGGAUACGGUAACAAUGCGUGUACCCUUAGGGCCAUUUGAUUUUCAAUUAAAUUGAAAAUCAAAAAUCAAAAUUUGUGAAUAAUUUUGAUUUUCAAUUCGAUUUGAAAAUCAAAAUUCAAAAUUCAGUUUAAAAUUUCAAAAUUCAAAAUUCAAAAUUCAAAUUACGUGCAAAAGAUCAAAAAAACAGAAUUCAAAUUAUAAUUUCGCAAUUUCAAUUUUUGCUGGGUCAACCAAUUUUUUUCAUCUUCACAAAAAGAAGCUGGCCACCUGUAACCUUUGUCAUAUUGUGAAAUAUCAUGUACACAAACACCCGGCUAUGAUGCAGGACCUUUGGAAAGAGGUCACAGAACAAUUUAUACUUGACCCCCUGUUAGGUUUGCGCAACUGUCCCGGACUUUCAACAUCUUUCCUCGGGUGGCCAAUCAAACUGAAUCUUAAGGGCGAACAAUUGAUUUCUGUUCUGAUUGAUGCAAUCGUUUACUCAAGGUUUUUACGCGCGCUUAGCCCUCAGAUGUCUUAACGCGCCAAAAUAAUGGAUAACAUUGACCGAGAUUACAUUGUAAAUGUGGCUAAACAACAUAAAACCUUCAAGGAAAUUAGCGAGUUUUUGAAAGCGACAAAUCCUGGUGUUCGUGGAUUUUCUGAACGUUCGGUUAAACGUUACUGUUCGAAACAUGACAUCCGCCUACGUAUAAACCAACAAAAAAUAGAGAACAUCGUGGCUUCAGCUGUUAAAGAGGUAUUGACCACAUAUUGCAUGUUUGACCAAGUUCGGGUGGACCACGGGAGAGAAUUUUUUCUCAUGCUGGGGAUGCAGGAGUAUCUGGCAAAUAUUCGUGGUGACCAAUUAAGUUUACCUUAUCAACAAACAGAAUCGAAAAGGAAUCUACCAAUUGAAAGAUUUUGGGUUGAAGUUAAUGGUCGAGUUAAUUAUCCAAUCAAAUCAAUACUAGUCGACAUGGACAAUUCAUUGAUUAUAGACAUGGAUAACAAUAUUCAUAAGUUCUGCGUUUCUUUUGUCACCUGCAAAGUUGCAAACUUUGGGCUGCAAACAUUGGUAAGAGCCUGGAACUGUCACCCAAUACCUGGUAGAGGAGUUCCAUUGAAUAUUAAAGAGAUGACAACUCGAUAUCCUCCAGUGCAGCAGAGUAAUGUCCCAGACACCGCAACAGCUAUGCAAAUAUACAACCAAACAUAUCAAGGACGGAUUUCUGAGCCUAACCAAUUCGGUGACGAUCCUUUAAAAGACCAUCCACAGUUUUUAGCUAAUCGAAACAGAGAGUUUAAUGAAAUCUGUAAUAUUGAACAAAUUUAUAACGAUGUUGUGAACGAAAAUGAUAGAUCGUUUCGACAUGCCGUACAUUGUUUUAUUGAUAUCACUGAAAGAUACAACGCUCUUUUGUAAAAUUGUCUUGUUGCUUUCGCGCUCACUUCUGCAUUGUUAUCAGGAAAAAAUUUGAG